AUUUUUGGCUCGCUCGUAGCGUCGUAGCUGAAUUCGUAGGCGUUAUUUACUAGCGUGUUUAUAACGUGAAAAUCCCGUUUGACAAGUGAAAAAACAACAUUAUUCAGCAAGAAAUAUGGUUUUUUAGGCAUAAAGAGAUUAUGGAAUAAUGUGAAAAUGAUCCCGCCACAUUCCCAGAAAUUUACGCUAUGCUAGAAAGUGUAUAAAAUACAUACGCCAACAUUUCCUACUGAAAAUGGCGAGAGUGAAUCAAUUUUGAUUAAAAGUUGGGUUUAAGCAUAAUGCUAGUAAUUUGUGUGAGAUAAAAUCUUAUCUGUAAUGUGUAGCAGUGGUUAUUGUAUAUGUUUGGGAUAGACCAUGAUGGAAAUCUGAUUUUCUAAUGCUAAAGCAUCAAUUUAAAUAAUUGAUCAUGUCCAGAGGAUAUGGUAAAUAUCGCCGCGGAGGCGGCGGUUCUCACUCGGGCUUUUUAUUCGACAAUUUAUUUAAAGAAAACAGCAACAGGCCCUCUGCUGCCAGAUCGACAGCAACUGUUGGAAAAUGGGGCAUAACCUCAUUCACAUCUAUACGUGCUAAGAAUGAAAAUGAUAAAUCAUCGGCUAGUGAAGGAGACAAUACCCCAAAACCAAAGAAGUUCUUCAAAAGUCGUAAUAAUGAACCUCCUGAUAUAGAACCUACAUAUUCAGGUGGCCGUUAUGGUAAUUCCUCCAAAAGAGCCAAGAUAACCUAUGAUGAGAAACCCACAAGGGGUUCCCCCAGGAAGUUCUUCUCUCAGAAGGCUAAUUCUGACUCAUCUUCCCCAGAAAAGACUGUCCUAAGUUCAAAUGUAAAUAAUUCCAAGCAGAAGCAGGAAGUUAAGCCUCCCAUAGUAUUAAGGAUUUGUAGAGGAAAAGAGGGUUUGCGAAGCAUGCCCGAGUCACAAUCCGUUAUUCCUGCAGGUAAAUCGCAGUUGCUGAACGACUCGGACGAGUCGGAAAGCACGCCGACGCCGUCGAGCACGCCCUCCACCUCGGCGUCGCCCCGAUCGGCGCGCAACAGCGUCAGCGAGUCGCCCGGCAACGCCGCAACCCGGCCCACCAACUGCAGGAUAACGCGCAGCGCGCGGCGCAGCAUGCAGCAAGACCCGAGCAGCAGCCCUGCUACUGCGGAUACGCCGGGCGAGUUCUCGCUGUUCACGUCUCCCAAGGCGUCGCAGGACAACGACCUGUCGCCUCAGUAUAUUCCGGCCGAAAAGUACGAAUUGGAGAGGCAGGCAAUGUACGAAACGCUGUUGGGAGGCUCUCUGACGACGCCUGCGCACACGGCCACCACAGACGAAGACGAUUCUUUCAACAAAGAAAAAGACGACAGUACAGUAAGCGAGGAUGCCGCGCAGUCGGUAGAUGUCGCCGCAUCUGCUGUAAAUAACGAGGAAAUGGAAGAGGAAGAAAGCGAAGGUGAAGGCGAAGGGGAAGUUCCUGAAGAACCUGCGGAAGAUUUAGGCAACGAUAACGAUGAUAAUAGUGAAAUGGACGUGGAGGAAACGAUAGAAAAUAUAGAAGCGGCAAUUCACUCACAGGUUAGUGCAGCUCUACAGCAAAACCCCCCUCCAGAGGACAAACCACCUCCAACGAAAAAAGGUUUUGAGGAGGAAUGGUCCACUGACAAUGACAGUAACAGUGGCGAUCUGGAGGUGAAACAAGUGAUUUCAGCGACCGAAGAAUCUUCGGCCAGACAGCAUAGGCUCAGCAUAGACGAUCACAAAGAUCAAAUAAGGGAUAAAAUUCUGGAAAAGAAGCCAUCACCUGAGCGAGACCUGCCUACUCAGGCCCCAGUCAAGCUCGUUAUUUCGAAGAAGAAGGGCAGCAUCUUUAAAAGCCGAGCCGUCGCCUCCGACGGUAGCACGACGAAGAACCGGCGCGCCCUCUACAAGCACAAGUGGGUCGACUCGGAGCAGAAGGCUUCGGAAACGCCCGCCGAACAAAACAAAGGCACGGGCGGCACGGACGACGACGAUUACGGAUUCGCCGACGAACCUCUGCAGAGGAUUACUCGCAGCAAAAACGAGGACGAAACCAUAACGAGCGUCAAGUGCAACAAGGGAGACAAGGAGUUCUAUACCGUCGUGAGGAACGUGAAGAAGGCCCAUCAGAUACAGGAAAUCGGCGAGUUUCAGGAGUUUAACGACGAUGUCGAGUACAUUCUGGACGCGUUGCAAGACAAUAAUCCCAUCAGCACUAGGUGUCUUUCUGCCAUAAGUCUGGCGUCUAAAUGUAUGGCGCCUGCGUUCAGGAUGCACGUCAGAGCGCACGGUACUGUCGCAAAGUUUUUCAAGGCCUUACACGACGCUACCAGAGACCAAAGCCUCGGUCUUUGCACGGCCACCGUGAUGUUCGUGUUGAGCCAGGACAGACUGAACAUGGAUCUGGAUCGCGAUUGCCUCGAGCUCAUGUUGAACCUUCUCGAAUCCGACGUCAGUUAUCAGCAAGCCUUGGACGUUUGCGGAUUGAGUUCUCAGCAAUUGGAAAAGAACAAACAAAAAGUUCGAGAGCUGUGCGCGGAAAUACAGAGCCAAGGGCACGCGAUGCAUCUCAAUCUCGAGUCCAUUACGGUCGGUCAAUUGGCGAUGGAGACCCUGCUCAGCCUCACGUCUAAACGCGCCGGCGAAUGGUUCAAAGAGGAGCUGCGCGAGCUCGGCGGGCUCGAACACAUCAUGAAAACUAUACGCGAGUGCUGCCGCCAGGUGUCCGACUACGUGGUCGAGUGGACGGACGCGCUGCUCGACAAGCUGCGCAAAGUGGACCGCUGCCUGCGCGUGCUCGAGAACGUCACGCACAACAACGAAGAAAACCAGGUGUACAUCUUGAAGUACGAGAACGGCAUGAUCUUGGACACGCUGGUCAACUUGUACAAGUUGUGCGACGGCGAGAUACCCCUCUAUCCGGUCACCGAGAUCAAGGACAAGACGUCCACCGGGACCAUUAUCAGGGAGGCCUUGCUGGUCACGUUGAAGGUGUUGAUUAAUUUGACCCAUCAUUUUAACAAAAGAUCUCAAGGUGGUGCUCUUAUUGGUCAAAGACCUGGUAUUAUAGAUACAAGUCUUCAUUUAUUAUUACAAGUUCCACAUUAUAUACCUGAACAAAAGAAAUUUGAGUUAGGAGUAUUGGUGCUUAUGCUGCUGAUAAACCUAGUUCAAGACCAAGACAACAAUAAAAAACUGCUUAUUGAAGCAAAAGCUCCCUCCAAGUCUGAAAGUAUUUAUUCGCGCAAAGAAAGUGCAGUCGAAGGCUUGAUAACUCAGUUUUAUCAUUGGGAGGGUUGCGCAAAAAUUGCAGAGAAAAAAACGAACGCCAUUUUGGACGGAGAAAAAGAUGGCGACGCUCCAACGCCGAAGUCGAACGAAGAGUUCAUCGAGGAAACUGUGGCAAAAUUAUUACAAAAGGCUGGUACCCAUAUGGAAUACACUUUCUUGGCAUCCUACAUUGUCAUGCUCAUGGGCUUCCUCAUUAUGGACAAUCCUGAGUACCAAACAAACGUCAGGCAGUUCCUGAAAGGAAACAAUUUCGCCGACAUGGUAGAACUUCUUAAGAAGUUCUACAACUUCAUGAACCUAACUGCGUCGACUGAGGCGUCCAGCGUGUGCGCGAUCAAGGCCACGCAGAAGGUGAUCAAGUACCUGGAGGGUUGCGACAGCUCGGACGCUGCGCAAGCGCAAGAAACGCAGUCCGAGGGUUUCCCGUCCGCAGGUGGCGCUGUCGGCGCGGGCGCAGAUUGCGUGGAUCUCAGCUAUCGGAUGGCGCAGUCGCAGUAGCACAGGCCGUGGAUCAAUAGGUAAAAAAGCGUUUUUUUAGGUUUUAUUUUUUUAGUACUUAUUACUACGAUCAAUCAGGGGAUAUUGU